GACGCUCAUCUACAAUGGCUGUCUCUCAGAUCAACACGCAUACUGGUCCUCCGACUCUAGAAACAAUUCCUUCUGAGAUCCAAUGGAAGAUCUUCAGAUAUCUCAAUUAUCGAUCCGCUGUUUUCCUUACCGCGGCCUCCCCAAUUUUCAAGUCAUCGCCUAAAUCUCCUCUGUCCUUCCAAUCGGCUGCCGACAAACUUACAUUCCUCAUUUCCGCCGAGAGGCGAUUCCACAACAAGAAUAGAUAUAUCUGCUUCAGCUGUCGAACCAUCAAACCACGCGACCAAUUCGCUCUCAAGCAAAUUACCAAGAAAUGCAACAAAGGCAACGUUCAAUCUUGCUCACGGUUCUGUCUCGACUGUGGUCAGCGCGCAUACACUCGCGGGCAGCAAGUUCAGAAGACGAAUGGCGAUACCCUUUGGAAAUUCCGUUCUUGCAAACAGUUGAAGCAACACGAGUUCUGCUUUAUACGGGAUGGGGCGCUCGUAGAGGCGAACUUCAUUUCGGCUGCAACGUGUCAAAUAGAACAAGAUAUCUGUUUUCCAUUCUUCAAGCCCGACAUCAGUGAGGAGCAAGCGCAAAUCAUUGAAAAUUCAGCAAGAUGUCGUCGGUCAAUGCUUCAGGCCGACUCAAGCAUGAACAGGAUGCGACAACGGCAGAAAUUCUACCGCCAUCUAANNCGACAUGACCGUACUCUCGCAAGACCUGGAAGCUAUCUCUAUGGCAAAAGGAAUGGCAAGCAUCCCAAGGAAUAUAGAUUCUGGAACACACAGCCGGUACCAAAAUUGAACGAGCUCAGACCUUCAACUACAACCUCUAGUAAUGUCGAAACAGUACAAGAUGGGGCAAUACUCUCCGUCCCCGUCUGUGACAAAAUUGGACAAGCAGAUGCAGAGAAGCUUAUUGAAGGCUUUGAAUGGUGCGAACUCGAUGUAACUCAGAAGCAUGUAUUGUCUGAGCUUCACGAUUUACUCUACAACCAUUACGUCGAGAACGACGAAGGCUCGUUUCGACUCAACUACUCGCCUGAGUUUCUGUCUUGGGCCCUACAACCUCCUGGCUGGAAGAAAUGCUGGCACAUUGGUGUACGUACCAAAAGCACUUUAAGCAAACCUGGCAGAUUAGUCGCUUUUGUCGCUGGUAUACCUGUUAAACUCAAUAUUCGCGGCAACAUUGUUGAUGCAGUCGAGAUCAACUUCUUGACUAUCCAUCAGAAGCUCAGAGGUAAACGCUUAACCCCAGUGCUCAUCAAGGAAAUCACCCGCCGUUGCUAUGGCGAGAAGAUAUAUCAGGCACUGUAUACUGCUGGCACUGUAUUGUCUUCUCCAGUGGCAGCAUGCAGAUACUAUCACCGUUCGCUGGAUUGGGAACAUCUGUACAAGACUGGAUUUUGUCAUCUCCCGCGAGGAUCCACGGCGUUGAGACAAACACUCAAGUACAAACUUGAGNAAAAGACAACAACAAAAGGAUUAAGACCCAUGGAAAUCAGGGAUGUGGCGAAAGUCAAGAUACUUCUGGAACAAUAUCUACAGCGUUUCGGUCUUGUGCAGAUAUUCACUGAAGAGGAGGUUUUGCAUUACUUCUGCUCGGAAGCUUCGAAGGGGAUAGUGUGGAGCUAUGUCGUCGAAUGCGAUGGCAAGAUUACUGAUUUUGUGUCUUUUUACUCACUGGAGUCCUCUGUUCUUCGCCCUUCUGCAACACCCUUGGCUAUUCGUACAGCCUACCUCUACUGUUACGCCAGCUCCUACGCCUUGUUGGCUGAAACUCAACAAUCAUACCCUAAGCAUCUCCAAACACUCAUGCAUGACCUUCUGAUCCUAGCCAAACAAGCCAACUUCCACGUCUUCAAUGCUCUUACCACCAUGGACAAUUCACUGUUUCUCCAACAACAAAAGUUCGAACCGGGAGACUCGUCAUUGAACUUUAAUCUCUUUAAUUGGCGCACCGCAAGGCUGGCUAAUGGUAUGAAUGAAGAGAUGCAGGCUGAUGCAGAGAAUGUUAGUGAGGUUGGAGUGGUUAUGUUG